CAGGAGGGUCAUAAACGAGAUAAGCUCAAAACGGCUCGAUUGAUGCUUUCUGGUCUAGUGUCAACAUGAAACUUGUUUGCUGCCACAUCAGAGGUUUACCACAAGGAAGAACUUGUCUAUUGGUGCUUCAAGAAUCCCUCAGUGCUUGUGGAAUACAAAAACCAGAGGAUUAAUUUUGGAUUUGUUGACAUUCGUGGCACAAUGAAACCGCACCAAGAAGCUCAGAAGAAUGUAACCAGCGUUGGGAAAAGGGCGACCUAAAAAAAACGACACACUUUGGGAUUUGAUAAGCAGUCUCGUCAUGUUGCACGUGGAUUUCAAGACACUGAUUCAGCCUAUUGGCAUCGUGCGGAUGCUGGAGGUGGUUCUGACUUGCAUCUGCUUUUCAUUGGCGGCGUCAUCAGGAGUCCCGGACCACAGCGUGUCCCAUUGGGCCUGGUGCAUGUUCUGCUGGUGCUUCUGCUGUUUCACAACCCUCCUCAUCCUCAUCCUGGAGUUCACCAGCUUGAACACCAAAGUGCCCAUAUCCUGGGAGGACUUCACCAUGGCCUUUGCUAUGCUGGCCACCCUUAUGACGGUCACCAUUUCAAUCAUCUUUCCCACGUUCUUCGCCUCCUCCUCCUCCUCCUCCAGGCAGAUCGGGGCAUCCGUGGUGUCCUGGUUGUGUUUCGGACUGUACGCUGGCGAGGUCUGGUUGAUCCACCAAAAACCUGGUGAAAUCAGUGGCUUUCUGUCCACUGUCCCUGGUCUCCUGAAAAUCCUGGAGACCUUCGUCUCCUGCAUCAUAUUCACGUCUUUGAGUCCGGCCGAAUAUACGAGGUCUCCGGGAACGCAGUGGUGCGUGGCCGUCUACUCCAUAUGCUUCAUUUUUUCAUUGCUGAUCAUUCUCCUCACCAUUGCCAGGCUGUUGCACGUCUUUCCGUUUUCGUUCGACAAGGCGGUCAUCACCUUCAACAUCCUGGCCGUGGCGAUGUACGCAACUGCUGUUGUCAUCUGGCCCCUGUAUGCAUUUCACAAACGCCCACGUCCAGAUGACUGCAACCACUGUUCGUGGGACGAUCUGGUGGUGGUGACCUUCAUGACCGUCAUCAACUUCUUGGUAUACACCGGAGACUUGGCCUACUCGGUUAAAAUAGUAUUCUUUACCCAUCAUGGAGAGGGUGGGUAACCCUUCUUUGAUUUCACGUGAGAAAAAAACACGAUGAAACUAAAUUGGGAUGGUUUUUGCCAAAACUGCAGGAAAAAUGUCCCAAUUAUUUGGAUUAUGUUUACCUUAUAUAAUAAGGAGUGGUCAACUUAAAGGGAUACUCCACUUUGUUUGAGAUAGGCUCAUUUUACCUCUCCCCCAGAGUUGAACAGUUGAGUUUUA